UAUGCAGAUUUAUGCAAAUAAGCUUAGCUGAACCUUAUUAAAUAUUCGGAAUAACUCAUUAGAAUAGGCUAUGCUGCUCCUCAGUGUUCUUGUUCAACAGGAUUUGAUAUUAAACUUACAGAUUUGAUCACACAUUUCAUUUUAAAAGACAUUAAUGUUUGACCGAACAGGUGAACGGGCCCCUCCCCCAGCUCCAUUUUCCGCCUUUCGAAAAUUAAAACGUAUGCGCCUCAUCUCCAGCCAAUAGCAUGGCGCAAAACACCUGUCAUACGAUCAUCAUCCAAUAAGAAUGCGUUUUGGUUUUAGAACCCGCCCUUUUUGCAGCCAAUCAUUUGAGCCGCGCGCGACCGAGUUCCCACCUUCUGUGUUCAACGUCCUGCAGCAGCUUUCAUCCCCGCCGAGUCGCCUCAGAAAUAAAACGCUGCCUGAGGUAACACAGGUCAUAGCUUCGCUAAUUUUACAAGUGAAAAGAUAUAAAAAUAUAUAUAUAUAAUCCGUAAGUCUGUUGUUUUCAUGAAUAUUAAAAAUUAAUGUUCAUUUUUUGACGCGUCGUGUAUCUGACUGGAGUGCACAGCGACGCUGGAAGUGUUAGCUUAGCUUACAAAAAAACACCCGUCUCGAGCCCUUCUGUCUCCUCAGAGGUGCCGUCACACUCGGAAUCUCCAGACGUUUCAUGGUGUAUUUGUGGAUGAAGACGAGAGGAUGAGUUCAUGUGGCACAGACGUUAAAGAGAACCACAAUCUGGAUAACUUUUCGCCCAAGGCGGGACGACAAACACCCAAUAGGAAUGCACCGUUGGGGUCGAGACGCAAGCGGCCACUGGAGGAGGGCAACCGAGGCCAUGCCCACUCCAAAUUCCGUCCCAAGAGGCGCAAGAAAGUGCCAGGUCCGAUGUUGCCGAAGAAUGCACUCAUGCAGCUGAACGAGAUCAAACCGGGCCUCCAGUACAAACUCCUGUCCCAGACAGGGCCGGUACACGCUCCGGUCUUCGCCAUGAGCGUGGAGGUCAAUGGGCAGCGCUUCGAGGGGACGGGACCCACGAAGAAGAAGGCCAAACUGAGUGCGGCGGAAAAGGCACUGCGCUCUUUCGUCCAGUUCCCCAAUGCCUCUGAAGCUCAUGUGGCCAUGGGCCGCACAUUUAGCAUCAACACAGACUUCACCUCAGAUCAAGCUGAUUUCCCAGAUGCCCUCUUUAAUGGAUUUGAGACACCUCGUGAUCUGUUCUGCCCCAUUUCUAGCAACAACGGAACCCUGUACCCUCAGAAUGAGUGCCGAACACCUGUUUCAGCACCUCAGCCAGUCCUUGUGGGGCAUGGGAAGAACGCAGUGAUGAUUCUCAAUGAGUUGCGGCCAGGCCUCAGGUACGAAUUUGUGGCAGAGAGCGGAGAAAGCCAUGCUAAGAACUUUGUAAUGGCUGUAACAGUGGACUCGCAGGUUUUUCAGGGAUCGGGCCGGAAUAAGAAGCUAGCGAAGGCACGUGCAGCUCAGGCAGCGCUUUCAGGCCUCUUCAACAUGCAACUGGACCAGACGCCAUCUAGACAGCCCAUACCGAGGGACGGUCUGCAGUUACACCUUCCGCAGGUCUUAGCAGAUUCUGUGUCUCGGCUGGUGGUGGAAAAGUUCAGCGAGCUGACGGACAACUUCAUAUCGCCUCACGCACGACGGAAAGUCCUUGCUGGUGUUGUUAUGACAACAGGGACUGAUGUGAAGGACGCACAGGUGAUCUGCGUUUCCACUGGAACCAAGUGUAUAAACGGCGAGUACAUGAGUGACCGAGGCCUGGCGUUAAAUGACUGUCACGCUGAGAUCAUUGCACGCCGUUCACUAAUCAGAUACCUGUACAGCCAGCUGGAGUACUUCCUCAGUAACAAUCCUGAGGAUCACGAGAGCUCCAUAUUCCAGCGGUGUGAACAUCAUGGUUACCAGCUGAAGGACGGAGUUCAGUUCCACCUGUACAUCAGCACUUCACCGUGUGGAGAUGCUCGAAUCUUCUCACCACACGAAGCUGCUGUUGAGGACCAGGGAGACAGACACCCGAACAGAAAAGCCCGAGGACAGCUGCGCACUAAGAUCGAGUCGGGCGAAGGAACCAUCCCGGUCCGCUCCAGUAACACCAUCCAGACGUGGGACGGAGUCCUGCAGGGGGAGAGGCUGCUCACCAUGUCCUGCAGUGAUAAGAUUGCCAGGUGGAAUGUGGUGGGUAUGCAGGGUUCUCUGAUGAGUUAUUUCUCAGGCCCUAUCUAUUUCUCCAGUAUAAUCCUGGGCAGUCUGUACCAUGCGGAUCACCUCAGCAGGGCCAUGUAUCAGCGCAUUGCAGAUAUAGAGGAGUUACCACAACCCUUCACCCUCAACAGACCACUGCUCAGCGGAAUCAGUAACGCGGAGGCACGGCAGCCCGGUAAAGCGCCAAACUUCAGUGUGAACUGGACAGUGGGGGAUCAGGGAUUAGAAGUCAUCAACGCCACCACCGGGAAGGACGACCUCGGCCAACCAUCUCGCCUCUGCAAACACACCCUGUACAGCCGCUGGGUUCGUCUACACUCCAAGCUCUCUCAGACUCUGAAGAUCCAAGUGGCUCAACCCACUUCGUAUCAUGAGGUCAAACAAGGUGCAGCAGAUUACCACUCUGCCAAGCAGACUCUGAUCCAAGCUUUCCAGAAAGCAGGCCUCGGUGCCUGGGUGAAAAAACCCAUCGAACAGGACCAGUUCUCCCUCACUCAGUGACGGAGAGAGAGGGAACAAAAAUGACAGCCCACGUCUGUUUUUAACUGUUCAGCAUCUAACAGUUACCGCAUGUCCCCCAACAUCUCUCAGUUUUACCGCGCUAAUUUGUACACUUUUUCUGCGCUGUAUUGUGGCUUUGAUAUUUGUGUAACAGAAAUGAUAAAUCUCAUGUCAUUAUAUUAUUUAAGUGUUAUUUUAUAUGUGUAUAAAUGUGUAUAUGCUCAUGCUUUAACACCAGGAAUCACCGAUUCGCGAAACAGAUUUUUAUUCUUUAGCUUGUUCUGUUUUACAGUUUUAUAAUUUAUUUGGAUGAUGUCGUCACACUGAUGUUGAAUAAUCAUAAUUGCAAUUAAUUAAUUAAUGGUUUCUUAAAUCCUCACUACUGAAGAAAAUCUACCCCAAAACAUUUCCAUUUUAUCAUGUUAAUAAAUUACUUUGAUACCACAGUGUGGUGGAAUUCUCGAAUCUGAUUGGUCAGAAUUAUAAAGGUGUGCAUUUUUCCCGUAGAACAGCAGGGCUUGGACGGUAGUUCUGGCUGUAACGUGAACGGCCAGUUUAUAGUAGAAAGCCAAUGUGCUAACCACUGCACCACCAUGCCACCCAGUUUACAAUACAUAAAGAUUAAAAACACUGAAAUAUGUUUCUGACAUGCGAAAACACUGCUCUGCUAGCCUGCUUGUUUGCUAGGCUGUAGCUGGCUGGUUGCUAAGGAAACUCAGCAGGUGGGCAGUGCAGCUUUAAUCGUCUUCAGUAUCACUCAGUGAAGAAAGACUCAAAUCUUGUGAACACACGAUCGAUGAGACAGUGUAGUCCCAUAACACAUUUUGCAUUAUUGCUACCAGGAAACCGUAAUUCCAAUCUUUCCCAAAAGCACAACUGCCCUAUUCCCGUUGGGGAGCGACAGUUCUGCCACAUUUUGUAGCUUUGUGUCAAAAACUGUGACCCAUGAAAUCAGAACAAAUUUCUGAACAGAAUAAUAAGAAGAUGGAGAACAGAAUGCCAACACAAUUAAUGCGCUCAUUCUAAAACAUUAUCGUUUCUAUAGUAACAACUCCUUCACAAGGACUUUACAGCAGACAUUUGAUGUAAUCUACGAUUAAAAAUAAACAUUUUUUAAAAAUGUGUUGUUUAACAAAGCAAAACCUCAACUAUGUUGGUGGUUUAGGGCACGUGUUUAAAAAAUAAAAAUACAAUAUUUCCAGAAUAAACUCAAUAAUAAUAUUUUGAGAAGAAGUCAUAAUACUAUGACAAAAUGGUGCAUGCGAUGAUCAUGUGACAGAGUGAUGGAUGUUGAGGAUUUGGUGAAGUUUCUUGGCAGGCAGUGUUCACCUGCAGGCUGUCGAUGGUUACAUCUGUGUGCUGUUCUUAGAGGGUGUGGAGAUGAACAAUAAUCAAAAUCAUUUGGCGUGUUCUGAGUCCAGUGCAUUAUGUCAGAUGGACUCGUAUAUUACACUUCACCCCAAUGGCGAGUCAAUGUGCCGUAACUCAGCAGGAUGCGAUUGCUGUACUGCUACUGAGUGUGCUGGAAUUACCGUCGGUAGCCUUGAAGGUGACCCCUGCCUGUGAUUUCUCCAUCAACUAAAGAGGAAAUGUCCUUUGGUUCUGCAUAAACUUCAUUUCUUGCACAGUCAUUUUCUAAUAUAAUUUUUAUAUUUAAAUCUACUUUUAAUUUUUAAAGUUCUACUAGGAAUAAUAUUCUGAAGCGGAAAGAUUUCUUUAUUUGUAUAGUCACGUGUUUAUUUUUUAAAUAAAAUUUUUAACAUUUAUUUGUUUUAAUAUGCAUCAUUCUGUCCUAGUGUUAUGACUUUAUUCUCAAAUAUUAACAACAUUUUUCACAACAUAUUAUGACUUUAUUCUCAAAAUACCACAACUUUAUUGUUAAAAUCUUGUAUUUUUAUUUUUGUCCAUAUAAUCAUUGAUAUUAUGACAUUUGUUUUCAAAGGACGUUUAUUUAUUUAACAUGUAUGGAAGGAGUCUCCAGUGUCAGUGCUUUGUAACAGUCAUGUUGUUUCCCAGCACAGGAAAAUCUUCAGGCCAGAGGACUCAGAGAGAGAGAGACAGAGACAGAGGCUGCUGAGGAAAUGACUGUUUAUAGCUGUUAUAGUGUUGGUCAGAUGUUUCUUUCUCCCUCCGUUGUGUCUCAGCUUCAUUCUGCCUUUUAUACACUUUGUCAUUGUUGUUCCAUUUUUCUUUUUAUCUUUCUAAUUAAUUGAUUAAUUUAUUAUUAAUUAUUGCAAUUAUUUCUGAGUUUUUGUGUGUGUGAUCAUACAACCCCGAUUCCAAAAA